CAAACAAGCAACCACGGCCUUGCGCCAUCCCAGCCGCACGCGCCACGGUGAGCGAGCAGAGAGCACCGACACCACUCGGCAAUCUCGCCGGAGGGAGCAGAGCAGCGGCGCAGCGCGGUCUGCCGCGCCGGAGGAAUGGCCACCGUGGUGAGGGCAUGCAUGCCGCUCCCCACCCCACCGGUCCCCGUCGCUUUCUCAUCUGCCGCUCCCUCCACGGACGCGCAGCGGAGGUCCCCCGGCGCCCGCGUGCUCGUGCUCGGCGGCACUGGCCGCGCCGGGGGAUCCACCGCCACCGCGCUCUCCAAGCUCCGCCCCGACCUCAGCAUCCUCAUCGCCGGCAGGAACCGGGAGAAAGGUCAGUCUUUGGCUUCUAAACUUGGACACCAAUCUGAGUUUGUCCAAGUUGAUAUUCGCAAUACAAGAAUGUUGGAGGAAGCACUAAAUGAUGUGGAUUUAGUUGUUCAUGCUGCUGGACCUUUCCAAAGGGAGAAUGAGUGCACUGUAUUGCAGUCAGCAAUAGCAACCAAGACGGCAUAUAUUGAUAUUUGUGAUGACACGGACUAUUCAUGGAGAGCAAAAAGUUUUCAUGAACAAGCAAAAGCUUGUGGUGUCCCAGCUAUUACAGCUGCAGGCAUCUAUCCUGGAGUGAGCAAUGUGAUGGCUGCUGAGCUUGUCCAUGCUGCCAGGAGUGAAGAUGCUGGUGAACCUGAAAGACUAAGAUUCUUUUAUUAUACUGCAGGCUCUGGUGGUGCUGACCCAACAAUAUUGACAACGAGUUUUCUGCUUCUUGCGGAGGAUGUAAUCGCAUAUAACAAAGGAGAAGAAAUAAAAUUGAAGCCCUACAGUGGAGCUCUCAGCAUUGAUUUUGGAAAAGGGGUCAGGAAGAAAGAUGUUUACUUGCUGAAUUUGCCAGAAGUGAAAAGUGCUUAUAAGGUUUUAGGUGUCCCUACUGUCAGCGCUCGCUUUGGUACUGCUCCUUUCUUCUGGAAUUGGGGAAUGCAGGCCUUCGCAAACUUUUUACCUGCUGAGUUUUUGAGGGAUAAAAACAAGGUCCUAAAAUUGGUCAAAUUUCUUUAUCCGUUUGUUAGAGCUAUCGAUGGCAUUGCAGGAGAGCGUGUUUCCAUGAGAGUAGACUUAGAUUGUUCAAAUGGACGGAAUACUAUCGGAUUAUUCUCUCAUAAAAAGUAUUCUGUAUCGAUGGGCUAUGCAACAGCGGCAUUUGUUCUGGCAGUUCUUGAGGGCAGCACACAACCAGGCGUUUGGUUUCCAGAAGAGCCAGAGGGAAUAGCAAUUGAGUCAAGGAAGGUGCUCCUUGAGCGGGCAUCUCAAGGAACAACAAACUUUGUGAUGAAUAAGCCACCCUGGAUGAUAGAGACUGAUCCAAAGGAAGUUGGGCUAGGAAUAUAUGUGUGAUUGUGUGAUAGAAACUGUAUACUUGACUCCCUAUAUAGAAGUUCAUACCUCUAUUAUAAUUUUGCCCAAAUCUUGGAGAAAAAUUACAAUGUUCUAGGGUAUGAGCAACUAUAGCAAAUUAGCAACUGGGACGGAGCAAUUCGGUGUUUUUUACUAGUUAAUAACCCUUUUUUUGGGGUAUGGCUGUAAAUGAUAAAUGAUAGAACGACUUUGUGUAAUGCUUCCAAGAGCAUAGAAUGGGAGAUGAAAUGAAUUGAAGCAGCACAUCAUACAACCAAAUAGGGUCUGAAGCAUCCUUAGUGCCUGCUAAACUUCAUUCGGAAGUUGGAAAGCAGAAAACCGCCCCCUUGUCUUGGUAGAAAUGAAUCGUGAAAUUAGUCCAUUCGUUCCAUAUUAUAAAACUUUUUAUCCAUGACUA